UAGUGCUAUACUUUAUUUCGUGCUUCGCAUCAUGAGAGUACUAAUUAAUAUUGAAUAAGUUUUGCACUUCCAAUCAUGUUUACGUUUUCUACGAAGAGGCAAGGGCGUCUUUUGUUUUAUUGUAUUUUGUGGAGUACUUGCUUUGGAUUUCCAAUAUCUGCUCAAUCCUUACAUGCUGAUGAAGUACGAACACUUCAACAAAUGGCCAUCACAAUGGAGUCAGGGUCGACUUGGAAUUUAGACAACCCUUGCGGACCUCAGCGCACCAAAAAUGUGAAUAUUACAUGUAAACUUGGAGGCAACAGCGGUGUCUAUCACAUUACCGAAUUGCGUUUGAAAGACCUACAUCUUUCGGGGAAGCUUCCGCCUGAACUAGUCAAUCUUAAGUAUCUUAAAAAAGUUGACUUCACCCGUAACUUUCUUCACGGCUCACUUCCGCCAAUAUGGAGUACGAUGGAGAACUUGACCUUCAUUUCUCUCACCGCCAAUCGCUUAUCAGGAGAAAUUCCGAAAGAGUGGGGAAAUUUUUCCAGUCUUACUUACCUGAGCUUUGAAGCCAACAAUUUUUCUGGUAAUGUUCCCAAGGAGCUUGGUAAUUUGGUCAGCCUAACCCACCUGAUCUUUUCCUCAAAUAAGUUUGUGGGAAGGUUGCCGGAGACUCUUGCAAACCUUAAUAAGUUGGAGGAGUUCCGGCUAAGUGAUAAUAACUUUGAAGGCCCUAUACCAGAAUUCAUAGCGAACUUCUUACAACUUACCAAACUGCAACUGUGCGCAACUGGAUUGGAAGGACCUAUCCCUGCAGAGAUUUUUCAACAUUUAGGAAACUUAAAAGAGCUGACGAUUACUGAUAUGGCUGGUCCGAAGUCUGACUUUCCGGCUCUACGCAGCAACCGGACGGAGAUGAACUUGGUAUUGAGAAACGUGAAUUUAUCUGGAACCAUCCCCGAUGAAAUCUGGAAAAUGAUCUCUCAGAUGAACAUGCUAGACGUAAGCUUUAAUGAGUUGGAAGGAGAACCAUAUGCUAAGUCCGUCACAGCAAAAUUUAUGUUUUUCACGAGCAACAAGUUCAAUGGAAGAGUACCCGAGUCAUUCCUUGACAAUUCUCAGACUGACGAUAUUGAUCUGUCCUAUAAUAACUUUUCUUGGUCAGACACCCCAUGCAAUUUGGCAAGGCUGGACAGAGUAAACACGUAUCGGAUUUCAUCCUUCAACAGCCAACAGAGCCUUCUUCCUUGCUCGCCUACAUUCAAUUGCCAAACAUACCGCAAAUCUUCGCUUCAUAUAAAUUGUGGUGGGCCGAGUGUAACAGUCAAAAAUGCCAAUGGUAGCCUUCUGUAUGAGGAGGACACAACCGAUGGAUAUGGCGGUGCAAAGAGUCACAAUUCUGGAGAAUACUGGGGGUUUAGUAGCACCGGAGAUUUCAUGGAUGACGAUGGUGAUACGAUUAGUCAUAUUGUGAAAACUGAGGAGCAGUUUGGGGAUUCAGAAUCAUUGUAUAACACAGCACGUAUAUCUCCGUUGUCUCUUACCUACUUUGCUUGUCUAGAAAACGGAACGUACACGGUGAAACUGCACUUUGCGGAGAUCAUAUUUGGAAAUUACAGCGGUAUUGGGAGGCGAAUAUUUGACAUUUACAUUCAGGGAAAGAUAUUGUCCAAGGAUUUUAAUAUAGAAGAGGAAGCCAAUAGAACUGGUAAUAAAGCUGUUGUAAUGCACUAUCGCAAUGUGAGUGUGAUCGAUCAUACCCUGGAUAUUCGCUUUUACUGGGCUGGAAAAGGCACCACUGUCGUUCCUAAGAGGGGAAGUUAUGGUAUUCUUAUAUCUGCUAUUUCCGUCUGUCCAAGUUCAAAAUCUCAUUGUGAAGAACAUAAAAAGAAAUCUUUUGUGGCUGCUAUAAUUGCUUCAGUCUUAUGCCUAUUCUCCCUGGUAACUGGUGUCCUCAUUUGGAGAAGAUAUCGCCGGAAUAAAUACAAAAGAGAAAGAUCUGCAGACCUUACGGGACUAGAGCUGCUAACAGGCUCGUUUAGUUUGAGACAACUGAGAGCUGCGACUAACGAUUUUAGUCCCGAAAACAAGAUUGGAGAAGGUGGUUUUGGAAGUGUUUACAAGGGUCAGUUAUCAGAUGGUACAGUCAUUGCUGUCAAGAAAAUGUCUUCAAAAUCCAGCCAAGGAAAUCGGGAAUUUAUAACUGAGAUAGGCGUGAUAUCUGGCUUGCAGCAUCCAAAUCUAGUGAAGCUUUAUGGAUGUUGCAUUGAACGCGACGAGCUACUGCUUGUGUACGAGUACAUGGAAAAUAAUUGCCUUGGCCGUGCACUUUUUGGUCCAGGAACAAGUAGUCCAAAACUGGAUUGGGCAACGAGGUUCAACAUAUGUGUUGGAAUAGCCGAAGGUCUUUUCUUUCUUCAUGAAGGGUCACCUCUGAAGAUUGUUCAUAGAGACAUCAAGGCAACAAAUGUGCUGCUCGACAGGGAUCUUAAUGCCAAGAUUUCGGAUUUUGGAUUGGCUAAGCUUCAUGAAGAUGAGAACACCCACAUUAGUACCCGAGUUGCUGGAACUAUCGGAUACAUGGCUCCGGAAUAUGCACUAUGGGGUUAUUUGACUGAGAAAGCAGAUGUGUACAGCUUUGGGGUGGUUGCUUUAGAAAUUGUCAGUGGGAAGAGUAAUACAAAUUACAGGCCUCAAAAUGGAUGUGUUUGCCUUCUUGAUUAUGCUUUUGUCUUGCAACAGAAAGGAGAAUUGUUGGAGAUAGUGGAUCAAGAUCUAGGCGAAAUCAACAAGGAACAGGUUGAAAGAGUAAUCAAAGUGGCACUUUUAUGUACCAAUGCAUCUCCAAUGGUGAGGCCUACAAUGUCCGAUGUCAUCGACAUGCUCAAAGAGCAAACCACGGUUCAGGAAGUGGUUUCUGAUCCUGGUAUUUACGGUGAUGUUUUGACAAAUGAUGUGAGAUUUAACAGCCUCAAAGCCUACUAUCAACAAACUCAAAACAAGAAUACACUUGAUACCCAAGGUUCCGAUUUUAAUUUGAACAAACCCGCCGCAAGUACUUCUGCCAAUGAUCUCUACCCGAUGAAUCCAGAAUCCUUAACUAUAUCUGGCCAUGAUCUCUAUCAGAUCAAUCUCCAGUCUGCAAACAAUAGUGAUUUCUUCUCUGAUGUCACAGAUAGUUCUUCAAUGUGUGAACGGUUCUUAUUGCAUAAAUCAUACGGUGGACCCAGAAUUACUUUUAAUUAUAAUACUUGCAAAACUCUUCUUUUGAGAACACAAACAAUUAUAAGAAUGUUAUUUGCCAAGCAGUGGUGGUUUCUUCUACUUUUUAUCACUCUGUGGAGUUGCAAUGGAGUGCUGUUAACACACGCUCAAGUACUUCACGCUGAUGAAGUGGAAGCUCUAAAAGAAAUAGCUAAAGAAGUUGGGAAGAAAGACUGGAACUUCAGCAUAAACCCCUGCAGUAAAGACAAAAUAUGGAUCACACCAAUGCCUGAUGGCAUGCCAUUGUACAACAAUACUGUCAAUUGCAAUUGCAGCAAUGGAAUUUGCCACGUUAUUCACCUAUUUCUUAAAGGGCAGGAUCUUGAUGGAGUGCUUCCUCCAUCUCUUGCUAAGUUACCAUACCUCCAACAAGUCGACUUCACGAGGAACUAUCUCCAUGGCAACAUACCAAGGGAAUGGGCUACCAUGAAGCACUUGGAAUACCUGGCCGUCAAUGUGAACAACUUAACGGGAACGAUUCCUAGCUACUUGGGAAACAUUAGAAGUCUCAUAUAUGUGAGCUUAGAGAGCAACAUGUUCUCAGGCCCCGUUCCACCUGAGCUGGGGAAUUUGGUUAACUUGGUAAAUCUGAUUCUUAAUUCUAAUAAUCUCACCGGAUCAUUGCCUUCGGCUCUCUUUAGCCUAUCCAAAUUGAAAGAACUUAGAAUUAGUAGCAAUAACUUCACGGGAAGAAUACCCGAUGUUUUCCACCAUUGGCCAAAUCUUGAGAAAUUAGAAAUCCAAGCCAGUGGUUUCGAGGGGCCAAUCCCUUCUAGUAUAUCUGUAUUAUCUAAUUUAACUCAACUAAGGAUCAGCGAUUUGAAUGGAGCGCAGCGCUCAAAUUUUCCUUCCUUGAGGAAAAUGACAAACCUGAGUAGAUUGAUGUUGAGGAGUUGUAAUCUCUACGGAAAUAUCCCUCCAUUCAUAUCUCAGUUGAGACAACUCCAAAAGCUAGAUCUCAGCUUUAACAGAUUGGAAGGUCAUAUUCCUGAUUUGAAAUAUCUAGAGAGGUUGGAGAAAAUAUGUUUGACAAGCAACUUGCUCAGUGAUCCCUUUCCAGAAUGGAUACAAACGAGAUUGGAUACCAAGUUGAGAACAGAUCUUUCCUAUAAUAACUUCUCUGAAAGCUCUAUCCCAUCCACUUGCAGCGAAUCACUGAAUUUGUUCAGAAGCUUUUCUUCGAAAGACAACUUAUCACUAGCAAAGUGCCUAAGUAACACAUGUACACAAGAUUAUUAUUCACUACACAUAAACUGUGGUGGAAAAGAAACCACCAUUGGAAAAUUGAAAUAUGAAGAGGAUCAAAACCAAGGCGGUGAAGCGAAAUUCAAACCUGAAAAAUAUGGUAGAUGGGACAAAAGUACAACAGGAGAGUUCUUGGAUGUAGGCACAAACCAGACAAUAGAUUAUAUAGCAAAGAAUGUAUCUACACUCAGAAUGAAAAACUCUGAAUUGUACACUCAAGGCAGUCUCUCUGCUCUUUCUCUAACAUAUUUUGCGCGCUGUCUGGCGAAUGGAAACUACACAGUGAAGCUUCACUUUGCAGAGAUCAUUAUUCGAGACAAUAGAUCUUUCCAAAGUCUUGGAAGGAGAUUAUUUGAUGUUUACAUUCAGGAAAAAUUGGUACUGAAGGACUUUAACAUUGAAAAGGAAGCAGGCGGGGUUGACAAGGUUGUCAUUAAGGAAUUCAAUAAAAUCAAGGUCAAGAAUAAGAUUCUGGAGAUCCGGUUUCAUUGGUCCGGGAAAGGAACGACAUCUGCCCCAAAGAGGGGAACAUAUGGUCCUCUUAUAUCAGCUAUCUCUAUGGACUCUGAGUUCAAGCCUCCUGAAGAAAAAAAAAAGAUUUCUAUUGCAAUCGGUGCUGUCAUUUCAGGAUUAGGACUUAUUUUUGCAAUUAUAAGCCUUCUUUGGUGGAAAGGCUUCUUUGGAGGAAGCAUAUCAAGAGAAAAAGAACUCAGAGGGCUUGACUUGCAAACUGGUUUUUUUACAUUCAGACAAAUUAAAGCUGCUACUAACAACUUUGAUCCAAUAAAUAAGAUUGGAGAAGGCGGUUUUGGAUCUGUAUUCAAGGGUAUAUUGUUGGAUGGUAGCAUAAUUGCAGUAAAGCAACUUUCAUCAAAAUCAAGGCAAGGAAAUCGCGAGUUUGUAAAUGAAAUAGGCAUGAUUUCUGGUUUACACCAUCCAAAUCUUGUUAGACUGUACGGAUGUUGCAUUGAAGGGAAUCAGUUGUUCUUGGUGUAUGAAUACAUGGAAAAUAAUAGUCUUGCUCGCGCUUUAUUUGGUCCGGAUGAUGGCAGAUUGAAUCUGGAUUGGCCUACAAGGCAUAAAAUAUGUGUAGGCAUAGCAAAAGGCCUGGCUUUUUUACAUGAGGAAUCAACACUGAGAGUUGUUCAUAGAGACAUCAAAACUACCAACAUUCUACUUGACAAAGACCUUAAUCCUAAGAUCUCCGACUUUGGUUUGGCCAAGCUUGAUGAAGAAGAGAACACCCACAUUAGCACAAGAAUUGCUGGAACUAUAGGAUACAUGGCACCAGAAUAUGCAUUAUGGGGCUACUUGACCUAUAAAGCAGAUGUUUUCAGCUUUGCUGUUGUUGCACUAGAAAUUCUUGCUGGGACGAGUAACAUGAAAUAUAGACCAAAUGAAAACUAUGUUUGCCUAGUGGAUUGGGCCCUUGUUUUACAACAACAAGGGAAUUUAAUGGAGCUGGUGGAUCCAAACUUGGGGUCUGAUUUUAACAAGGAAGAGGCAGUUAGAAUGAUCAAAAUAGCCAUAUUAUGCACAAAUCAAUCGCCUGCACUUAGGCCUAUAAUGUCUGCAGUUGUAAGCAUGCUUGAGGGCCGAACCGCGGUACAUGACUUGAUCAUGGAUCCAAGUAUUUAUGGCGAUGAGCUAAGGUUUACAGCCUUGAGAAAGCAGUUCGAUCAGAUGGCACAACGUAGCCUGACUGAAUCGCAGAGCCUCGUUCAAUCUGCGCAAGAUCUCUACGAGGUCAAUCCUGAGUCUGUCACCAUUUCUAGUCAUGAUCUCUACAAUGUCAAUCCGGAGUCUGUAAAUAACAGCAGCAUAUCCUCUUUGACGUCAAAGCAUAGCUCUUGAACUUCUUGCGUAAGUGAAGAAAAUAUUCUAUUAUGCAGACCUAUUAAAAGAUUAUGUAUUAGACCUCCCAAAAUAUUGAGGCCAGUGAUUGCAGCUUUGGCAUGUUUAAAAUAAUGCACUCAUACAGAUUAUCUUGUUUUCACAAAAGUUUAGGAAAGUCAUAUGAUUGGUCCUUCAUAUUGGAAUUGGAUUUUGAUUGCUUUUGAAAAGGUUUCUAUA